CAUCUCUUCUAUCGUUGAAAAAGGAUGAAGAACCACUUUACCUUGUCGGGCAUGGAUCAGCUUGGAGUCUUGAUCCAAUCCAAAGUCUCUGUACACAGAAAACUUCGUCCGGUUCAUCCCAAGAUAAAAAAAGUGUAAAUAUAAACUUGGUCUGGUUCACAUGGCAGAGGGACGUCAUGUGAAUUCAAAUCACAUCAAGAAGAAGAAAUGGAAAGGAAAAAGGAAUAGUACGUAGUAGCUCCUUUUAAACCACCGGAUUUGAAAUCAACUGGAUUUUGUCAGAAAACCUCCUUCCUUUCUUCCUUUCCAGUUAAUUACAAAGUUAACUAAUGGAUCAUCCGCAUAAUUACGGUUCCAAACGCAGUUACACAGAGAUUGCGGAUGUUGGUUUCGAUGAACCCGUUUUGUCAAAUCCCGACGCUUCCUCUCUCAGCUACUCUCAACUCCCCACCUCCGCCAUUAGAACUUUGUCCCAGCCACGCCUAGCAGCGGCGGCCACUGCCAGAGACGAUUUCCCAGAAACGCAACUCCAUGUGCCUCUGCCCCUGCCGGUGGAGCAAAAACUGAACAGCAUAUGUGAGGAGAAAGACCAGCAGCAGCCGGGCGCUGAUUUGAGAAGGAGGCUGUGUUUGCUAGGGGAGGAGAAGGCACUCGAACUCCUCGGCAAAAUUUACAAAAGUAAAAAGAUCCAAAACCUCAGUAAAUACAUCUGGUUCUGGCUCGGCCAAGAAAGGUACCAAUGUGCCCCUCGUUCUCGUUCUCCUUCCCCUUCCCCUUCCAAGCCUGGCCCUGCUGCUUCUCCGCUUCUUCACAGCCCGUCUUCUGCUUCCCAAAUCACUCCCGGUCGUCAAGGGAGUACUAGUGGAGGACAGAAGCAAUUAGAUUCCUAUUUCUCUGCAUCACCUUCGAAAUCUGCACGUACAUCGCUUUUUCAAGGCCCAUCAUCUGCUCUUCCUCUCAUCAGUCCUGUUCAUAUAGGAGAUACUACAGACAAUCGAUACUACUUGCAAUGUGGCAGAGCUUUAAACGUAAAUGCAACUGCAAAGGUAUCAAAUUACGAAAGUAAUUUGGAAAAGGAUUGUCGGAGUUCAACCAGAAGAAAGACUCGGCCCAAGACUAUAAUAUCUCCUUCAAAGGUGCAGGAACAAAAGAAUCAAGUCAUGAAUGAACCUCUCCAAGAUAUCCUUUAUCCUAAUGAGGUUGGGAGUUCAGGAGUUCAUCCCUCAGGCCCUUCUGGUGCUAAUGCAGAGCCUAAGAUGUCAAAGGAGCCUUUCACUUUCCCUUCGGGCAACAAAUCUCCUUCACCUCCUGUCGUCGAGCAAUCAAAGGUUGCUUUGAUAGAGGCUGAGAAUGUUGAUUUGCCUGUAGAGGUAGCAACAAUUCCCGAACAGGGUUCAGCAGCUCCAUCUUUACUAGCCACACAUGAAGAGGCCUAUCUAACUAUCAACCUUCCCCAUACCCCAGCAAUUGGAGUAGUGGAUAUUGACAGUUCGUCAAGGGAGAAAGGGAAGGCCCCUAGCUCGACAAAAGAAGCUCACAACACAUAUUUCCUUGUUCCUCAUUCUGUGCCUGAUGCUAGCAAGGAAAAGCCUAGCACACCCUCUCAGAGCAACAAGCAAAAAGAAAAGGCUUCUUCCUCAUCUUCCAACUUACCAGAGCAGCCAACUCUUCUAGCUGUGGUUUAUCCCAACAUAUCCCUCUCUGAGAUCUUGCUCGAACUUCAGAAACUCAAGCAAAAGGUUGACUCCCCGAGCCAGAAGCCAUCAGUCCAACAAGCUCAAGAUCUAAAACAAUCCUUCAAACACUGGUUGGAAGGUGGUUUUGAUGUCAACUUCCAACGCGACAUGCUUAAUCAAGCUGAGAGUACACUUGAGAAGCUGUAUGAGCUUAAUGAGAUCACCGAAGAGCAAUUCAAGACCUUUAAAUCCUUCUUCCAGUUUCUAAAGCAGUUGCAGGAACAAUACUUCCAAGCUGCCAAAGAGGCUGAACAUAUGCAACAAAUGAAACCCCAACACUCUGAGUUCUCUACUCUUUUGAAAUCUCUUAUUGGAGAAGGAACCGAAAUUAGGGAUAGUAUUUCUGUAGUGGACCAACAAAUUCAGCAGCUAGAGGAAGAGUUGGCCAAACUGAACGCUGAGAAAGCUAGCUUGGCUAGUGAACUAGCUGUGAAAGUGGUCGAGGCCCGAAGUGCAAGUCAACAAGUAGAUAUUUUGGAUGCUCAGUUGGUCAACAGCAACAUCGCAGUUGAAGAACCUGAGAGGCUGGAGAUUGACAUGAAGACUGUGUAUGCUAGGAUUGUUGCCCUAGCUAAGGAUGCUCAUUUGUAAUUUCUGUUCGUUUGUGUUUAUUUUCUUUUGUUAUUUCAGUUUUUGUAAAGCCACUUGCUGGCUAUCAAUACUUCUAUUAGUAAAAGUUCGCCUUUCUAAUUUUUUUU